GCCCACUCCCACAUCCGCGGCCUAGGCCUGGACGACGCCCUGGAGCCCCGGCAGGUGUCCCAGGGGAUGGUGGGCCAAUUAGCAGCUCGUCGAGCCGCCGGUGUCAUCUUAGAAAUGAUUAAAGAAGGCAAAAUUGCUGGGCGGGCCGUCCUCAUCGCCGGCCAACCCGGCACUGGCAAAACCGCCAUCGCCAUGGGAAUGGCCCAGGCUUUGGGGCCCGACACCCCCUUCACGGCCAUCGCCGGCAGCGAGAUCUUCUCCCUGGAGAUGAGUCGCACCGAGGCCCUCACCCAGGCCUUCCGCCGCUCCAUCGGCGUCCGCAUCAAGGAGGAGACGGAGAUCAUCGAAGGGGAGGUGGUGGAGGUGCAGAUCGAUCGGCCGGCCACCGGCACCGUAAGGAAAAAGGGGGGGGACACCCCUAAAAUUACCCUCCCCAGUACCCCAAAAAUCCCCCCCAGCGCCUCCAAAUCCCCCCAGCACCCCCAAAUCUCUCCUGAGGACGUGAUCACCAUCGACAAGGCCACAGGGAAGAUCUCCAAACUGGGGCGCUCCUUCACCCGGGCACGGGACUACGACGCUAUGGGGCCACAGACAAAAUUCGUGCAGUGCCCCGACGGGGAGCUGCAGAAGCGGAAGGAGGUGGUUCACACCGUGUCCCUCCACGAGAUCGACGUCAUCAACAGCCGAACCCAGGGCUUCCUCGCCCUCUUCUCAG